UCGAAAGCAGCGCAUUUUUCCGUAUUUACGCUACCUUUGGAAUUUUUGGGGGAUUGUGAUUAAUUCCGUACUUCCUUAUAUCUGAGAUUGUAGGAUGAAUAAUGGCAAUAGUGAUGGUGCCAGUAGAUCAAAUUAUACAGAAUUAGGGAAUUAUAUUCCAACUGGAUAUCAAGAAGAUUAUGAUUAUGAAUUACCACAGAGUGGUACUGCUGGUGGGAGCCGCUUGCCCAUUUCACAAACUAUGUUAAGUCAAGUUGAUGAGAAACCGAAAAUCCUAUUAAUGGGUUUAAGAAGAAGCGGAAAGUCAUCGAUUCAGCGAGUUGUUUUCCAUAAAAUGGCACCAAAUGAAACUCUAUUCUUAGAAAGUACACACAAAAUUGAAAAGAAUGAUGUUUCUGAUUGUUCCUUUAUUAAAUUUCAAAUCUGGGAUUUUCCUGGUCACAUUGAUUUUUGUGAUGAAACAUUUCAAUCUGAGGCGAUAUUUUUAGCUUCUUGUGCUAUUAUUUUUAUUAUCGAUGCUCAAGAUGAUUAUCAUGAAGCGUUAACUCGUCUACAUGUCACUUUAGAAUCAGCAUUUCGUUAUAAUAUGAAUAUUAAAUUCGAAGUAUUCAUCCAUAAAGUGGACUGUUUAACAGAUGAUCAGAAAAUGGAUAUCCAACGUGAUAUUACUCAACGUGUAACUGGUGUCUUAGAAGAUCUACUCUGUGAACAACCAUCAAAUGCUGGAAUUAGUAUAGGAUUCCAUCUAACUACUAUAUAUGACCAUUCAAUUUUUGAAGCUUUUAGUAAAGUGGUGCAGAAGUUAAUUCCCUAUUUAGAUGCAUUCGAGCACUUAUUGAAUAUAUUCAUAACGAACUCAAUGGUAGAUAAAGCUUUCCUAUUCGAUGUUGCCAGUAAGAUUUAUUUGGCAACAGAUUCUAAUGUAGUGGAUAUGCAAACUUAUGAACUAUGCUGUGAUAUGAUUGAUGUUGUUGUAGAUGUGGCCGCGAUAUACACCCCUCGAUCUAAUUUUGUUGAUCCUCCAGUUUCUGAACAAACUGGUGCUACGAUUAUUUUAAACAAUGACAGAGCAUUAUAUUUACGUGGAAUCAACCAGUAUAUGGCAUUAGCUUGUUUAAUGUAUGAAGAAUCAUUGGAAAAAAUGGGUUUAAUAGAGUUUAACUUUCGUGUCAUUAAGAAUGCAUUACAACAAAUGUUAGAAUUGAAUCAACAGCAUGCAAAACAAGAACUAGCUGCAAUGUUAAUGCAUCAGCCUACAUCGAAUCCUAUACCAGAAAAUGAUGAACAGGAAGAAGAACCAAUAAAUGAUGAGUUUGAUUCUUAUGGAAAUGAUGAACAGAUUGAUGAUAAUGAACGGAAGAUUAAUGAAGAUAAUAUUGUAUAUGCUAAUAGGGAGUUAAGAAAUGGGUAGAAAAAAAACUCUCUUACUGUUGUCACAUUUGUAAUCUCAGAUCAUUUUUAUUUUACUAUGCAUACGUAUAUAAAUGAUUUUUGUAAGUAUACUGACAACUACUGAUGAUUUGCUGAUUUUUCGUUUACUCACUUUUAUUUAGCAUUCUUUCCUACUUGUAUCUGAUCACAUACACAUUAUCCCAAGCUUUAAA